UUCCCUGCUUGGAUUCCUGCGCUGUGAGAUAAAGCAGCGAAUGUUAGGAUAGAGUAGGAGGAGAAGCAGUGCAAUGCUUCUAAUCUCUCUUCGGAGCUGGGAAACCCUGUUUUCUGUCAGAAUGUAAGGAAGGGCAGAAGGGAAAGGGGCUGGUGCUGCAAGAGGCUGGAAGGAUUUGUUUGACACAGUGCAGAAGAAAUUUGCAUUCGUCAAGAGGAGCACAGAAUCGGUUACAGGUGAAGCUACACAUCAGAGCACAGCAGUGAAACAUGAGUGCAGAUGAUAUUCAGGGAGUGGUGACUACCCCUCCCCCACCCAGCAUGGGGCACAAAGACAGAUACUUCGACCGGAUCGACGAAAAUGACCCAGAGUACCUCCGUGCAAGGAACAUGUCUCCGGACCUGAGGCAAGACUUGAACAUGAUGGAUCAGAAGAAGAGAGUCACUCAGAUACUGCAGAGUCCGUCCUUUAAAGAUGAACUAGAAGGCCUAAUUCAAGAACAGAUGAAGAAGGGCAACAACCCCACAGGGCUUCUGGCGUUGCGGCAGAUAGCAGACCUAAUAAUGACCAGCUCGAUGGCAGGAUUCUCCACCUCUCCCCUCAGCCUUGGAAUGGUCACGCCCAUCAACGACCUGCAUGGGAUGGAGUCCUCAGCCUUUGUGAAAGGGGAGAAGCUGACUCGGUGUAAACUGGCCAGCUUGUACAGACUGGUGGACCUCUUUGGCUGGGCUCACCUAGCCAGCUCCUAUAUUACAGUGAGGGUCAGCAAAGAACAAGACCAUGUCCUCAUUAUCCCCAGAGGGCUGUCCUUUGCUGAAGCCACAGCUUCAAACCUGGUGAAGGUGAACAUUAUUGGGGACGUUGUGGAUCAGGGUUGUACAAACCUGAGCAUUGACCAUGCUGGAUUCAGCCCCCACUCUGCUAUCUACGCGAUGCGCCCGGACUCCAGGUGUAUCGUACAUCUCCACACACCUGCAGCUGCAGCUGUUUCAUCUAUGAAGUGUGGCAUCCUCCCCAUCUCCCAAGAGGCACUCAUUCUUGGUGAUAUUGCCUACUUCAAUUACCAAGGGUGCCUCGAUAUACCGGAAGAGAAAGUUGAGCUCCAAAAAGCUCUGGGUCCAUCUUGCAAGGUGCUGGUACUGAGAAACCAUGGUGUGGUCGCUCUCGGUGAAACAGUAGAGGAGGCCUUUCAUUACAUUUACACUGCCCAGUUAGCCUGUGAAAUCCAGGUAAAUGCAUUGUCGUGUUCCGGGGGAGUGGAAAACCUAAUUGUCCUGGACUUGGAGAAAUACAAGGCUGUCACACAGGGAGUGGCGGUGGGGGGGGUCAGCAUGGGCACCCAGCAGAAAUGGAAAGUGGGAGAACUGGAGUUUGAGUCACUCAUGAGGAUGCUGGAUAACCUGGGCUACAGGACGGGCUAUGCCUAUAGACACCCCAUCAUUAGAGAGAAGCCCAGACACAAGAGCGAAGUGGAGAUCCCUGCCACCUCCACUGGCUUCAUGUUGGAUGAGGACAGCGCAGUGCCACGCUCCACUCUCAACUUCCUGGCGCAGAAACAGCAGCGUGAAAAAACACGCUGGCUCAACUCUCCCAAUACCUACAUGAAGGUGAACGUGGCGGAGGAGCCCCACAACCGGGAGAGCAGCCCCAGGAAUAAGAUAACGUGGAUGAAGGCAAAUGAAUGUACUAAAUCCAGCAGUGGCACUCCUAUCAAAAUCGAAGAUCCCAAUCAAUUUGUUCCAUUAAACACAAACCCCAUCGAAGUGCUGGCAAAGAGAAACAAGAUAAGAGAGCAGAACCGAUUUGACCUCAUGACAGCUGGACCACAAUCUCAGCUCUUAGCUGGCAUAGUGGUGGAUAAGCCCUCGACACCGUAUGUGGUAUCAGAUGAGGAGCAGACUGGCCCCCUCCCUCCAAACCCUUUCACAGAGCUGAGCGAGAGAGAGAUGGAGGAGUAUAAGAAGACAGUGGUGCUGCGACAGCAGGGAUACCAGGAUACAGAACAGGAUUUCACAUCUGAUGACGGUUCCACACUUUCACAAUCUCUGUCACAAACUCAGUCUCCUCUAAUAACUCCAGCUCCACUCGAAGCAGAAAACCACAUAGACUCCAACCUGACUCCGCAGGACACCCCAGCUGUGAUUGUGAAUGGGAAAGACAACCUUCAUGACGUGGAGGAGGACCUGACAAAGCGAGUGAGCCAGCUGACCACCAGCACUGUGGGGAGUGUGGAAAUCACCAUCAAACCAGCAGAGAAGAUCGAGGAGACCCUGUCUCCCGAGAGCUCUCCCUCCAAAUCACCCUCCAAGAAGAAGAAGAAAUUCCGCACGCCUUCCUUCCUCAAGAAGAACAAGAAGAAGGAGAAGGCUGAAGCUUAGGGGGGAGAAUUAUUUCUUUGGUUUUUUUUUUAAUGAAAAUGUUUUAUUUUAUGUUUAAAAAAAAAAUAAAUAAAUGACCCUGCACAUUUGAAAACAAACAAAUGAAAAAUAUAUCAGUCACCUCAAGUUAACAGAUUUAUGUAUCUCUCUCAUCUAUGGGGGGUGGGAGAUGGGUCAGGCGGUGGUUUCACAUCAAAGUUCAAGCUGGAUUUGUAACGUGAGCCAGAAGCUAAAAUAAAUCCUGGCUACCAGGCUUGCAGGUAGUUCUUCAGUCUUCCCUCUUGAUAGCCAGGUGAAAGGGCAGAGGAAUUCAUUUUUUUCUAUCUGAAUUGUUACAGUUUGGUGGGUAAAAUAAAAAAAAUAAAAGGGGCAGGCAUGAAGUGCUGCAUUUCUGCAUGCUACCCACCCUUUUGUUAUAUAUAGAGUAACGCUUUUUUUGCUUCUGUUCAGGUGAACAGUCACUUUCAGUGUUUUCAACCAACUAGGUUCUGGAACCAUUGUUCAUUUUGUUAGGAAUGUGCACCAUACAGAAUCUAAGUGACUGCCACACUGGAAGCUAACAGUCUAUUGUACGUUCUCGGGUUUUAGAAACCAGUUCAUGAUUAAUGGAGUCUGUACAGAUGGCCCUGUAACUGCACAGCCAUACUCUAAUUUCAAGACAAACUAUUAAUUCUGCACUGACUCAAAAAACAAUAGCAUUGAAAGACCUGUGUUGUGUUUUAUUUGGAAUAUUAAAGCAGUCGUUCGUUCUAUUAGUUGACUUUUUGUUUCUUGCCAAAAGAAAAGAAAAAUCACGUUUUAGUGAAUCAUAAUCUCAAGGUUUAAUCAUUUUUAUUUUUAGAUUUUAAAUUGCAUUUAGAAAAGAAAAUAGAAGAUUAAUCUCGCUGAAUCAGGACUUUUUAUUACACUUAAACCUGAUUAACAUCACUCUUUUAAAUUGGUUUUCUAUCUAUUUCUAUACUGUUGCGUUAAACAAAUGGCAAGCAUGUAUUGCAAGAAUCUAAAGUUAUAGAACUGAUCUAGUGUGUCUGCUUUGUGAAAUGGUAUAGUUAUGAUACAGGCAUUGUAGCUCAGAUUACUAAAAACAUAUAUAGAGGACUUAUAGAAAAACUGGAUUUUGUGUUUAUAGAUUUUUAAAAAAAUUUUUUACUGUUUACUGCACGUUUUUGUGGUAUUUAACAAAUCCUUAAACGCUGGUGUUCCAUAAUGUACUCAAAAUGAAGGAAUGAGAAAAAAAAGGGAAAAGUUAUGGUUGGUUGAUGAGAGGGAUAGACCAGUUUUUGAAAGUCAGUGCUGUCAGGCUGUGGUUUGUAUCAAUAAAUAUAAAAAAAAAAAAAAAAAAAAAAAAGGAGAGAGAAAUAAUUGCAGCUGCGUAUGUGACCAGUUCCAGUGGAAAGACAUCCUGGGUUUUAUAUAGUAUCUGAACAGCAGGCGCUUAGAGCUGUAAUCAAACACAACAACCACAAAGCAUGUAUCAAUUGCAGUUUCUCACACUGACGUCACUAUUAAAGGACACAAGACUGCCAAACUGGUGAAUUCAUCAUUGCUUAUUAUUAGAAAGGAAUAUUUUCAUCCGACCGUUUUUCCCCCCUCUAUAUAUUCACUUACAAGUGUAGGUGUACAAUUAGCUGUGUUUGUUUAACUGCUUGGUUUUUUUUUUUUUGUUUUUUUUUUUUUAACCACAUUAGACAGUCGAGAGUUUUCAUUUUAAAGCAGCUUGUUGUUUCUCCAAAGUGAAACUGAAAAAAAUACAUGUAUCUGGAAUUUUUUUACAUUGAGCAGACAUAUUUUGGCUUGGCUGUUGUAAGCCAUGAGCAAGUGUGUACUAAUAUCCCAGCUAGCAAUGUGAAUGAGUUGCUGUGGCAGACUGGGAGUGGGCAUGUUCAAGCUUUGUAUGUAGCAUGUUGCAAAGAGGGAGGCCAGGUUUGGAUAGAUGAAAGCUGGAGGAGGUGAGAGAUUGCUUUACAAGACAGAACCCUGCAUUAACUAAUACUGGAAAAAAAAGCCCUAUGAUGACAACAUGUUUAAUCUCAACAGUUUGUUUGCUAUUGUUUUUAUGUGUUAAACCACUUUUUUUUUUCCCUUGUUUGUAUUGAAACAUAUUUUUGAAAUCGUUUUCUGAGCACUAUGCGUUAAUAACCGUUUUUAAAGCUGUGCAUUAUUAUUUUGAAUGGCUUCAUUGCUUACCCCUUCCCCCCCUUUUUUUUCAUCUUGUUUUACUAAUGUCUCAUUCAUUUGUUUUAAACUUAGCUUUGGCUGCUUGAGUAUGAGCCGAGUCAAAGUGUGACCUAUGGAAACUAUAUAAAUGCUUAUCGAAUUGAUUUGCUUUUAGAUGUAUUGCGAAUCAGUGUACAUUCACAAAUAAACAGUAUUUUAAGGAA